GAUUAAUGAUGCGGUCUUGGUAAUAAACGUUUGGAAUUUAAUAUUUACAAGUUGUGUUUUUUAUGCUACGCACGUCUUAUUGAUCUUCUGUCGUCAACAUUUUAGUAGUGARAUGKAUAAGUCAUGGAUGAAGAAAAAUAGAUUGUCCAAAGAGUAUGAAGUGRGAGUUCAAACAUUCAUUGAAUUUGGGUUGAGUCAUGCCAAUGGUUCUAAUUCCAUCCGAUGUCCUUGUUUGAAGUGUGGGAAUCUUAUAUGCAAGGACAUAGCAAUCGUUAGAGAUCAUUUAUAUUCAAAUGGUAUUGACCAAAGUUAUARGGUAUGGUUUUGGCACGGAGAAGACUUAGGAAAUAUCCCGGCCGAGCAGACGUACAAUAAUGAUGCACUCGAGAGUGAUGAAGAUGAUCUCGACUUUUUUGAGGUGGGUGACUUGGUUCAAUAUGUUCAGGAUGAAUUCUCUGAUGUACCAAAAUCAUUUGAAACUAUGUUUCAUAAUGCUAAGAAGCCAUUGUACCCCGGAUGUGGAAAGUUUACAAAAGUAUCAGCUCUUGUAAGGUUAUACAACUUGAAGGUGAGAUUUGGGUGGAGUAACUCGAGCUUUUCUGAACUUCUGUCCAUAAUAAGUGAUAUAUUACCAGACCCUAAUGAAAUGCUGACUUCUAUGUACGAAGCAAAGAAAACGUUGUGUGCCCUUGGUUUGAGUUACGAAAAAAUUGAUGCAUGCCCGAACAAUUGUUGCUUGUAUAGAAAGGAGUACGCAGAUAUGUCUAAAUGUCCUAAGUGUAAUUCGUCAAGGUGGAAAACACAUAAGAAUUCAACGAAGGAGAAAGGAGUUUCUGCUAAGCAAAUGUGGUACUUUCCAAUUAUUCCAAGGUUUAUAAGAUUGUUCAGGAACUCAGGUAAUGCAAAGAAUCUGGUUUGGCAUUCGAUAAUUUAUUUGGAAUGCAUAGAUCACAUUGGAUAUUGAUAGUGAUUGAUUACUCGAAGACCAUGGUGUAUUCAAUCAACCCUU